AUGUCCGACCAGGUGCAAGAGCUUCUCAACGUCCCUCGGGAAUUCCUGAGGGAUGGUAUGCAAUUCGUCAACCGCAGCCAGAAGCCCGACAAGCGCGAGUUCAUCAAGAUCAGCCAGGCUGUUGGUACUGGGUUCCUGAUUAUGGGAUUCAUUGGAUACAUUGUCAAACUGAUCCACAUCCCUGUUAACAACGUCCUCGUCGGUGGCGCGUAAACGAUCGAUCGACCGGUGUCAGCGAUAAUAGGCCAUGGUACUCGUUCGAAAUGGAACUUGCGAUUGAUUCGAGUGGGUCAGGUCAAGCGUGUAACAUUAUACCACCUUGAUGGGAGCGGAUGCGGCUCGACCAGUGUUGGACUGGAAUAUGUGCAUAAUUAUCUGGGUAGGCGUUCGGUGUGUUAAUAGGAAUAUCCAUUUGUGCGUGGCAGCCUUACUGCUAGUGCAGUGAAGUAUAUCCAGAAUACCCGCAGACUAGGUUCAUACCUUUGAUCAGCAGCCAUAGCGAUGAUCUGAGAACAGUAAUUGAUAGACAGAUCUCAAUAUUCUAUUGACACCUACUCUUGCUACGAAG